GGAGACGCCAACAUGAAAUUGACACAAACCAACUACAAUACUUUCUUCCCAUUUUGCCUAUCUCAAUGAUUAUCUUCUUCUCCUGCUUCUAACUCAAGCUUUCGUUGUGAUCAUUUUGCAAAUCGGCCUGCCUUUUUUUUGAAGAUAUGGAGUUGAAGAGAUUGCUGUUUUACGUCAUAUUGUUGUUCAUCAAUCUCAUUAUAAAGGUUGAGUUGAGGCAAGCAGCAACUGACAAUGUUGUUCUCAAGUCCAUUAAGGGCCAAGACGGAGAUGUGAUCGACUGUGUGGAUAUUUAUCAUCAGCCAGCAUUUGAUCAUCCGUUGCUUAGAGACCACACCAUUAAGAUGGUACCUAGCUACUAUCCAGAAGGAGCAAACGAUAACUUUGACCCGAUCAUCCAAAUCUGGCAAUCUAAAGGAGAAUGCCCAGAAGGGACCAUUCCUAUUAGAAGAACAAAACAUGGAGCAAUAUCUAUUAAGAAGAAGAGUAGAAACAUUAUUCGGCUGUACUUUGAAGGUUCAGCUGUAAGCUCCGAUGCGGUCGACGAGCCACGUCAUGAGUAUGCAGUAACACAAUCAUCAACGGGCAACUACUAUGGAGCAAUGUCAACCAUAAGCGUAUGGCAACCAUACGUCGAAGGUUCGGGAGAAUUUAGUUUGUCACAAAUUUGGGUAGCGGGCGGGUCGGGUUCAAAUACCAACACCAUUGAAGUCGGUUGGAUUGUUUGCCCGUUGCUAUACGGAGAUAAUCUCACGAGACUUUUCAUUUAUUGGACUAGUGAUAAUUAUCAGAACACCGGAUGCUUUGAUUUGCAAUGCUCGGGCUUUGUACAGAUUGACAGCAGUAUGGCCAUUGGUGGUGCCAUAACCACCACCAAUCAUCCGGAAAUCAUACUGCUUGUUUGGAAGGAUGAGGACCAAGACGUGUGGUGGCUACAAUAUAACGGUACAGUUCUUGGGUACUGGCCGACGGCAAUAUUUACGGUAUUAAAUGAUACAUCAACAUUGGUGGAAUGGGGUGGAGAAAUCAUAAAUUCCAACACCAACGGAAUACACACUGCGACGGACAUGGGAAGUGGUAGUUUUGCACAAGCAGGAUUAGGGAGAGCAAGUUACUUCAGAAAUCUGCUAGUUGUGAAUGAUAACAAUACUUUAAUACCUCCUCCUACUGAUACCUUUAGUUGGGCUUCCAAUCCAACUUGCUACAAUAUUACCGCCGGAGAAAAUGGCGAUUGGGGAAAUUAUUUCUACUAUGGAGGUCCUGGCAGAAAUCCUAACUGUCCAUAG